AGGGGGUGGGAGCUGUGCUUUUCGGUAGCCGGUGGCUGGUGGCUGUGGCUGAGGACUUUGAGGGCCGCGGUCUAAGCAGGAGCCAGGCUUCGGCACUCGACCCUGUGGAUUGUUUCCAAAAUGGAUUUCACACUGAAUGCUGGACAGAUUCGCCAAAAGUUCAUUAACUUCUUCAAACGUUACAAUCACGAGUACGUCCACUCCUCAGCGACUAUCCCUCUCGAUGACCCCACGCUUCUGUUCGCCAAUGCCGGCAUGAACCAGUUUAAACCAAUUUUCCUGAACACUAUCGACCCAUCCCACCCAAUGGCAAAACUAACAAGAGCUGCAAAUACUCAGAAAUGUAUCCGUGCUGGAGGGAAACACAACGACCUGGAUGACGUGGGGAAGGAUGUUUAUCAUCACACUUUCUUUGAGAUGUUAGGUUCUUGGUCCUUUGGUGAUUACUUCAAGGCACUGGCUUGUGAGAUGGCAUUAGAGCUGCUGACCAAAGAGUUUGGGAUCCCCAUUGAAAGGCUUUAUGUGACUUAUUUUGGAGGGGAUGAGAAAGCAGGGCUGGAACCAGACCUUGAAUGCAAGCAAAUCUGGCUAAAUCUUGGAAUGGCUGAGGAAAGAAUUCUGCCAGGAAACAUGAAGGAUAAUUUCUGGGAGAUGGGUGACACUGGUCCUUGUGGCCCCUGCAGUGAGAUGCAUUACGAUCGCAUCGGAGGUCGUGACGCUGCUCACCUGGUCAACAUGGACGAUCCUAAUGUUCUGGAAGUCUGGAACCUUGUGUUCAUUCAGUUCAACAGAGAAGCUGACGGCAGUCUGAAACUGCUGGCUAAGAAGAGCAUCGAUACUGGAAUGGGUUUGGAACGGCUGGUGUCGAUCCUGCAGCAAAAGAUGUCGAACUAUGACACUGACCUGUUUCAACCUUACUUCGAGGCCAUUCAAAAAGGGACUGGUAUCAGGCCGUAUACUGGGAAGGUGGGAGCUGAAGAUAUUGAUGGAAUAGACAUGGCGUACAGAGUGCUGGCAGAUCAUGCAAGGACCAUAACAAUUGCUUUGUCUGAUGGAGGCAGACCAGACAACACUGGUAGAGGGUAUGUUUUGAGAAGGAUUUUACGAAGAGCAGUGCGAUACUCCCAUGAGAAGCUGAACGCAUCAAAGGGUUUCUUUGCAUCUCUGGUUGAUGUGGUCGUGGAAUCUUUGGGGGAUGCAUUCCCAGAGCUAAAGAAAGACCCAGAUAUGGUGAAGGAUAUUAUCAAUGAUGAGGAGGAGCAGUUCCUGAAAACACUGAACAGAGGGCGGCGUAUUUUGGAGAGGAAGAUCCAAAGUUUGGGGGAUAAUAAAAGGAUCCCAGGUGAUACUGCUUGGCUGCUUUAUGAUACCUAUGGUUUCCCUGUGGAUUUGACUGGACUGAUUGCUGAAGAGAAGGGACUCUAUGUGGACCUGGAGGGCUUUGAGAAUGAGAAAAAAGCUGCUCAGCUGAAGUCUCAGGGUAAGGGCAUGGGUGAUGACGACCACAUAAUGCUGGAUGUCAAUGCAAUCGAUGAUCUGCGUGCCAAGGGUUUUGAGGCCACUGAUGACUCCCCAAAAUACAACUACAAGUCAGAUGACAAUGGAAACUAUGCUUUUGAAUCUAUAGAGGCCACCGUGAAAGCAAUCCGCAGGGAGAAAGCAUUCAUGGAGGAGGUGAAGACGGGCCAGGAUUGCGGCCUGCUGCUGGACAGUACAUGCUUCUACGCCGAACAAGGUGGUCAGAUUUACGAUGAGGGCUACUUGAUAAAAGAGGACAACUACAGUGAAGAUAAGACUGAGUUCACUGUGAAAAAUGUACAGGUACGAGGUGGCUAUGUCCUCCAUAUCGGAACGGUUUAUGGAGUGCUGAAAGUAGGGGAUAAAGUUCGUCUCUUCAUUGAUGAGGCUAAGAGGAGAUCCGUCAUGAGUAAUCAUACUAGUACCCACAUGCUGAACUUUGCUCUGCGGUCUGUGCUAGGUGAGGCAGACCAACGGGGCUCUCUGGUGGCACCAGAUAGGCUGCGCUUUGAUUUCACAGCAAAGGGAGCGAUGAGCACUCAGGAGAUCAAAAAAAGUGAAGAGAUCACGAGCAAAAUGAUUCAAGAAGCCAAGCCAAUUUAUGCCAAGGAUACUCCCCUUGCUGCGGCAAAGGCUAUUCAGGGUCUUCGCGCCGUAUUUGAUGAGACGUACCCUGACCCAGUGCGAGUGGUGUCAGUGGGGAUCCCAGUAGAGGAUAUGCUGGCUGACCCAUCUGGACCAGCGGGUUCUGUCACUUCAGUGGAGUUCUGCGGUGGAACGCACCUGCAGAACUCACGCCAUGCUGGUCCUUUUGUGAUUGUAUCAGAAGAAGCUAUCGCCAAGGGCAUUAGGAGAAUAGUGGCAGUCACAGGAUCUGAGGCUCAAAAGGCACUAAGAAAGGCAGACACUCUGCAGAAGUCUCUUGUGGCACUAGAAUCAAAGGUCCAAUGCCAGAUGUCUCCGAAUAAAGAGAUCCAGAAAGAGAUUGCAGAUCUCACAGAGAUGAUUAGUGCUGCAGUCAUUCCCCAGUGGCAAAAGGAUGAGCUGAGGGACAAGCUGAAGUCAUUAAAGAAGAUUAUGGAUGAUCUGGACAGAGCCAGUAAAGCUGACUUACUGAAGAAGGUACGGGAGAAGACCAAGCAGUUCAUUGAUACUAAUCCAAACCAAUCUCUGGUGGUCAUGGAAAUGGAGGCAGGGGCACCAGCCAAGGCACUGAAUGAAGCUCUCAAGCUAUUUAAGACACACUCCCCUCAGACAGCAGCAAUGCUGUUUGCUGUGGACAGCGAUGCAGGAACGAUCAUAUGCUUAUGCCAGGUGCCUCAGGAAGUGGUAAGCAGGGGUCUGAAAGCCAGUGAUUGGGUCAACCACAUCUUGAAUCUGCUAGAUGGAAGAGGAGGAGGAAAGGACAUGUCUGCCCAAGCCACAGGGAAAAACAUCAACAGCCUCGACAAAGCACUGAAGCUGGCAACUGAGUUUGCUGAGCUUAAAAUAGGAGACCUCAAAAACUAACUUAAUAAGUUGCAACUAAAUACAACUUGAAAGACCGUCCUGCAGGGGUCAGGGGCUCCUCUGUUGCGGGGUCAGCGCUGCUGCUGCCAAGGUGGUGGUGUUUCCCACCAGGUGACUGAUAGCAUUGUUGCCUGUUGAUAUUAAAACCAUGAAUGUUUGUCUGGAUAAGUCAUUUGAAUAACUAAGUAAUUGAUCAUCCGUGUUAAAUCUUCUAUCUGUUACAAUGCUUGCAGUUAGAUGGUGUAUAAUGAAAUCUAAUGAACUGGUCGUGAGAAAAUUUAUGCUUUUAAAUGGUUCUAAUGUAUUAAAAAAAUUACACCCACAA